AUCUGUUUCAUAAGAUGAAACUAAUUGCAGCCUUGAGUGCUCUUCGGAUCCCGAGAUAGCCAUCAGAUCACCGCUGCCUCUUUGUUCAAUAGUGAAUAACAAUAAUAAUAAUCCUAAUAGCAUCCCGGGUUGCUCUAGUAAAUUACCUGAAUUACAUAAAACUGCUAUAGCUCGUGCGACAACCGUAAAAUUGUGGUUAAAAAUUGAUAAUCGUGUUGAACAGCGACUCUCUCAUCUUUCAACGACAGUUGGUCAAGAGGGAUUAUAAUGGUGGCUCAUACUGUGCUCCUGGACUUCACGGUCUCAUCCAACGUCGUUUGCGAUACUGACAAGCGUUCAAAUUUGAAAUCAUCGAUUGCCAGUGUUCUGAGGGACCACUUCGACGGUCUCAAGACCCUGACCGACUCAACAAUCGACAACAGUUUCUUUGUCCUCUAUGCUGGACCAAGAAGCAGUCUCAUCACCGUCAGAGGAUAUGCUGAGGGCCUCGUGACAGUUAACAUUGAGUACUACAAGCAAGAUGAUGAAGAGGCCCUCAUGAGCCUCGAGUCGGCCAGAGACUUGGAGACAGCAAUGCAAGCAGCGGCCACAGCUACUCGAUCACACGCGCUUGUCCCACUCAAACGCGGUGGGCCAUUUGAGAGAUACUUUCCCACCGCCGAUGAGAGACUCCUAGAGUACGAUAUUGAUAAAUUAGUCUUUGAGGCUCGAUCACCGUACCAAAAAGUGCAAAUUGUCCACUCAAAAUCGCUGGGGAAUUUGCUGGUACUCGAUGAACUCCAAAAUAUGUCAGAGGCUGAUCUUAUCUAUACUGAAACCCUCAUGCAACGAGGGAAGGAGAACUAUACGGGGAAGGAAAUUGUGAUAUUGGGGGGUGGCGAUGGUGGACUUCUAUGGGAACUGCUCAAAGAAAAACCUAAAUAUGUUACAAUGCUUGAGAUCGACGACGUGGUUAUGAAAGCCUGCAGUCAGCACAUGAGGAGCAUUUGCGGAGAUUGUUUGGAUAAGAGAAAGGGCGAUAAUUAUGAGAUAAUUGUUGGAGACUGCGUGAAAGCUCUUGCCCACAUGAUUGACGAAGGUCGCCAAUUUGAUUACGUCUUCGGGGAUUUAACUGACAUCCCUAUUAGUACAACGCCUCACGGUGAUGCGUGGGAUUUCAUCAGACUGAUAUUAAAUUCUUCAAUGAAAGUACUGAAGCCCUCGGGGAAAUACAUGACCCAUGGAAAUGGUGCAUCGUGCCCGGAAUCUCUCUCCAUGUUCGAGAAUGUGCUCAGCGAACUAUCAGUACCCGUGGUAUUCACCAAAGACAGUGCUUUUGUGCCAUCUUUCUUUGAAGUCUGGAUCUUCUACCAAGUAAUGCGCAAAUGAUUGAUUAUACAUAACCAUUAUGAUGGGUCAAGGAACAUAGUCACUUUAGCACAAAUUGUUUUCCCAUUAUUAUGACCCGUAAUGUGCCAUAGAUGUAGAAUAUAUACAAUUGUCAAAGAAAAUACUCUAUCCACUGUGCCACCAACUCUCGGAGCUGGCUUAACAAGGGACGAAAUUAGCGAAGUGUCACUUCAUUGACAGCCAGCGUAUGACAACGCAUCUAUGGAAGGGGUGUACCAUUUGAAACCGUACGAUUUGAUAUUUUUAAUCAAGGAGCUGAGAUGCUUAAUUUCCUUUAUCGGUGUAUUCCUGCAAAUCCUAUUUUACUCUUUGCCCCAUCUUGGCAAAGAUAUCAAGUCAUACUAUUUGAAAUGAGACCCUUGUAUAAAUGAAUAUUUAAAUAAAUAUAAGCUCAGCGAGA